AUGCCUGGUGCAAUUGACGAUGCUGCUCUAUGUGAGGCCAUCGCGAACAGCACAUUCCCACAGUCCGAACCUCUGUUGACCUCUGAGCUGUCCCCCGAGAUCCUCCCGUCACUACUCGACCAUAUUGCCCGGGCACAACGCGAAAUCGGCGAGGAAAUCAAGGCAGCAAACCAGGACGACGACGGCAAUGUUGAAAAAUGGAUCACAGAGGCCAAAAAGGUGCAAGAAGACAUCGCGCGAUGCAAGGAGGAAUCGAAACGAAUUGUCGAGGAGCAUCAGCAUGUUCAGACAUUACGAGAAGAGGCCACGGAUUUCCAACGCAAGGUGGAACUUCUGGAGACGGAGAUUGAGUUUACAAGCGAUGUGUUAAACGAGCUGAACCUCGCAAGUACGGCCACAAGAGCGCUUAGAGAUGUCGAAGAGUGUUUACAAAACGGUGAUCCUUGUGAAGCCGCCGCGAAGAUUCAAGAGCUGGACAAGAAGACCGCGAACAUGCUGAGGUCUCGAAUAUCUACGAUUAUCAGGGAUCUCAAGGACGAAUUUCGGUUGAAGGCUAGAGUACAGCUGGAAACAAAGUUGAAUGCCCAGAUUUCAGUGCAACGAGAGCAACACCAGGCUUAUAUCGAAGUUUCGCCCACCGAAGGUGACCCCUCAGCCACGAAUUCAGACGUACUGAUCCGAGCUUUGAAUCUUCUCGGAGACUCCACGGAUUCACUGGAGCCAUUGACCGACAAAAUCAAAGCCUUCGUGCUCCAGCCUCUGAGGCAGGCUUCUCGACUGAAAAUGAUCUCGUUCAAGCUGGAUGGAAACACCUUAAGCCUCGAGUUGGGCCGAGAAAGCCCGUCAGUCGACUUAGUACUAGACUUUGGUUCAACUUUCAUCACCUUUCUGCGGACGCGACUUGCCAGUACAAUCCAGUCUGCAGCAGCUGAGGCUGUCCUGGGCGAGUUGAUGACUUUGCUCGUAAAUGACUGGCUAAAUCCUGGCCUGCCAAUCGAUCUCACGAUGCUUCGGGAACUAGACGAACUCCAAAACAAGGCCACGAGAAUAUUAAAAGAGCUGCAAUCCAUGCAGUGGGAGGGCCAAAAGCAGCUGCAGGACUGGGCUGAAGAUCUCCCUCGGGCCUGGCUAAACAAGCGCAAAGCAGCCACUCUAGACGCCGUUCGAAAAGCUUUUGCAAAUUCAAAGGGGACUUUGAGACAGGUCGAAAGAGUCGAACGACGGAUUCUCUCCUCGCGAACAGAUGAGAACGGCGAUGACGUUGAGAAUUCCGCUGAUUGGGAUGCCGACUGGGACGAUGACAAAACCAAAGAAGAAUCCAAUAAAACAUCUGAAGCAGUAGAGGAGGAGGAUGCUAGCGGAUGGGGAUUUGACGACGACGACGACGACGCCGCCGAGGAUGAAGCUGAGACAAAGGACGAAGACAACAAGAAUGGCACUUCGUCGAACCAAGAUGGAGAUGACGAUGCAGCCGAUGCCUGGGGCUGGGAUGACGAUGGGGCGGCUGAUGUAGCUUUGGACACACCUGCCAAAGGCAAAGACGACGACGGCAAGCGAGCGAACGGUGCAAAAGAGGCUGAAAAAGACCAAAAGAAAGAAGUCACCUUGACCGAGCUGUACAGCAUCACAGAUAUCCCAGACCACCUAGUCGAAAUCAUAGGCAAAGACAUAUCCGACGCUCAGGCCAUUCAGGAGAACCCACACGAUGGUCUCAACUCUUCUUCGGCGACGCGAGGUCUUCUUGCCCUUCCAACACUGGCUCUGGCGAUGUUCCGCGCCACGGCCCCGACAUACUACGGCGCAUCUGCCUCUCUCACCGACAUCCAUCGGUACAACGACUCACUGUACAUCGCCGAGCGACUGCGCGAAAUGAGCGUCCCAGCCGGCAUGGCCAGCGUCGGCUCCGACGUGUCAUCGAUGGAGAAGUUUGCGCGCCUCGCGUAUUCCAAGGAAAUGGAGACGCAGCGACUCAUCGUGUGGGACCUGCUCGAAGGCGCCCAGGGGUUCACGUCGUGCACGCAGUUUCCGUACUCGCAAGAGAUCGGGAACGCCGUGUCGGCCGUCGUUGACCGCAUCCGCGCCCUGCACAUUGCGUGGCAGCCGAUCCUGUCGACGUCGGCGCUCAUGCAGAGUAUCGGCUCGCUCGUGACCAUGGUCAUUGGCAAAGUGAUCGACUCGGUCGAGGAGAUGGAGGACAUUUCCGAGCCCGAGUCGCGCCGCUUGACCGCGUUUUGCCAACAGAUCGCCUCGCUUGGAGACCUGUUCCUCGGCGGCCCGCCGCCUCCGGGCCCGGACGUCGAGGACCAGAGCCAGGACCACCGCGACCCCGUCGUGCCCAUGACGGCAGUCUACGUCGCCAACUGGCUCAAGUUUCAGUACCUGAUCAACAUCCUCGAGAGCUCGCUUGUCGACAUCAAGUAUCUCUGGACCGAAGGGGAAUUGAGCCUGGAGUUUUCGCCGGACGAGGUCGUGGAUUUGAUCAGGGCCUUGUUUGCGGAAAGUGCCCACCGACGUAGCGCGAUCGCCGCCAUCAAAGGCACGAGAGGCUCGAGGUGA